AGAUCGCGCGCACCAGAGUGGGAAACGCCGCCUUAUCAGACCGGCCCGAGCGCCUUCCUGUUUGGUCCACUCUCGCCUCUCACGCAGAGGCACGCUGUUCCUUUGUCUUCUCUGAUCAGGUCUUUGUUUUCUUCGGCGCCUUUGUGUCUUUGAAAAACAACAUGCCACUGUGUGUCUAGUAUGGAACCAGCGCCACACACAGAACCACUAUAAAGUACACAGGUCCAUCGCCUCUUGCUCCUAUCUCCCCACAUCCUACUUACCGACAUGUCUGCCUUAUCUUCUUACAAGACUCUUUUUGCCAUACUUCACGACGUGACCGCGGAUACUCCUCUUGCGGAAGUUCACAGAGCUUCCGAGGUGGUCAUUCCCCGGUUGAAGGCUUCCCUGUUCACGGCCGAAACCGAGCACUCCUGCGACCACACGAACACGAGGCCAUUUCCACAUGAUAUAAUUACGAUUGCGAACACGAAACUGGGUUAUCCAACAAUUUCUGAGCGGAAUGAAAGGAACAUAUGUUGGAAGUACUAUCUUUUACUUCAAAUUGGAAUGACGGAAGAAAUGGCCAAGGCCCUCGUCACGACGGAAAUUGCACAAGCGUAUGAUCUUCAAAAGCUGAAUGUUCGUAUGCAACAAUCUAUCAAGGACCACUAUGAGAAAACAGGAAAGCCAGUGCCACCGCAGUACCUCCAAAUGCCGCCUCUAGACGAAGAUGAAUACGAUCAUGAAUCAUUUACGGAGAAAGAAGUAGGCCUGAUGGCAGCAGGUGGCAUCUUGAAGUUCAUGGACGAGGGAUGCACGACGGUGCGAGAUAUGUUGGAGAUGGCACAGAAGACAUCUCGAGAAUAUUCAGCGGCAGAUGAUUCUGUGGGACUUCGAAAUGAUCUUGAGGAUGUCGUGUCUCAGCUUGGCGGUGUUUCUAUCUCUUCGGACUGUCCUUGAAGCAACAUCUUAAAUAACUUUUCCCUUCAAUAUUUCAUGUCCAUUUCUUUUGUAGUCUGAAUACGAAACUUCCUGUCAUGACUGUACUUAUUCGUAAACGAUGAACGGC